AGUUGUAUGAGUUGUUUUUCGUUAAUCUAAAUUAUUAAUAUAAAUAGAGGGAAUAGUGCUGAUAAGGCAGUGGUUGAGCCAUUUUACCUACUUCUUGCUUUCUUUCUCCGUUUGGGUUUCUCAGUUUAGGUUUCAGAGUAUUUUAAUUAUUUCAUACUCUGGAAGUUAGUGUUGAAUAGAGUAGAUAAAUGGGAUCGGAAGGGCCAUCGCCUGCAGUUACUAUUCAUGUAACUGGAUUCAAGAAAUUUCAUGGAGUUGCUGAGAAUCCUACAGAGAUAAUUGUCAAUAAUCUCCAAGAGUAUAUGAACAAAAGGGGUCUACCCAAAGGGCUGAUCCUUGGUAGUUGCACGGUUCUUGAAACUGCAGGUCAGGGAGCUAUUGUUUCCUUAUACCACACUCUGCAGUCUUCCAUGAUCAAAGACAGUGCUGCUUCGAAUUCUGGAGCUGUUAUCUGGGUGCAUUUCGGGGUCAACAGUGGAGCAACGAGAUUUGCCUUAGAGCGACAGGCUAUCAAUGAGGCUACAUUCCGCUGUCCUGAUGAAAUGGGGUGGAAGCCACAGAAAGUUUCCAUCGUUCCAGCAGAUGGUGGGUGUUCUAGAUUGAGGGAGACUGUCCUUCCCAUCGAGGAUAUUACCAAGUCACUGGCUAAAAUGGGCUAUGAAGUGAUGACCUCAGACGAUGCUGGUCGUUUUGUUUGCAACUAUGUGUACUACCACUCGCUGCGCUUUGCAGAGCUAAACGGAAUGAAAUCGCUAUUUGUACACGUUCCCCUGUUCUUGACUAUAGACGAGGACACACAGAUGCAGUUUGCGGCUUCCCUAUUGGAGGUACUCGCCUCUUUACAUUAGUUGUGGAAUGAAAUGUCGUUUCCUCCUGAAAAAUGUUUAUUUCAGAUAACUGUGUUUAUGUCUGGUUUGGGUCGGGUCUGGUCGGGUCAAUGUAUGCUGUGCUGUGCUGUUGAAUGGGCCGACGAUGAUGAUGAUAAUUAUUACUGCUGCGUUGCGUUGCUUUGCUGCAGAGCCUUUCCAAACAUAUAUAACUUGUGAUUUGGAUUGUGUAUGAAUGAUAAUAAUAUGAUGUUUGCAAGAUUUAAUUGAUCUA